AUGGCGGAUCUUCCAAAAGAGCGCCUAGACGGUUCUCACGCCUUUGAGAUCACAGGCGUAGACUUUUGUGGCCCGUUUUUCUACAAGCCGGAGGCACGCAACAAGGCUCCAAUCAAGUGCUACGUCUGCGUCCUCAUUUGUUUCGCGACCAAGGCCGUUCAUCUGGAGCUGAUCAAGGAUCUAUCGACAGUCUCUUUUCUCCACGGCCUAAAGCACUUUAUAUGCACCAGACGAAAGCCACGGCAAAUUUGGUCAGACAACGGAACCAAUUUUGUCGGUGCAAGGAACGAGCUCGUGGAGCUAAGACGCCUGUUUCUCAGCGACGAUCAUCAGAAGGCGGUUCUGGACUUCUGUUUGGUUGAGUCCAUUGAUUGGCACUUCAUCCCGCCGCGCUCGCCGCACUUUGGUGGCCUAUGGGAAGCCGCAGUGAAGACGGCCAAGUACCACUUCUAUCGAGCGAUAGCCAAUUCGGUUCUUGGAUUUGACGAGCUGCGGACGCUGUUAUGCCACAUCACGGCAGUCAUUAAUUCAAGACCUUUAGUUCCCAUUUCAGAGAGUCCUGCCGAUCUUGACGUCUUAACUCCAGCACAUUUCUUGAAUGGCGGCCCUCCUGCUUCAUUCACUGAGCCUGACGUCACGAAGCUAAACUUCGAUCGCCUUGACGCCUGGCAGCGCGUUUCUUACCUUCAACAGCUCUUUUGGUCCCGGUGGAAGGAGGAGUACAUCUCGUCACUGCAGCAGCGCUCAAAGUGGUGA